AGCCCGUGCCCCACCCCAGAGCCAGCUGCAUCUCCGCACCCACGACAGCUCCCUGUACAAACAGCCCACGCCCCACCCCAUAGCCAGCCCCAUCUCCGCACUGGCGACGGGUCCCUGUACAAACAGCCCGCGCCCCACCCCAGAGCCAGCCGCAUCUCCGCACCAGCGACAGGUCCCUGUACAAACAGCCCGCGCCCCACCCCAGAGCCAGCCCCAUCUCCGCACCGGCGACGGGUCCCUGUACAAACAGCCCGUGCCCCACCCCAGAGCCAGCCGCAUCUCCGCACCCACGACAGCUCCCUGUACAAACAGCCCACGCCCCACCCCAUAGCCAGCCCCAUCUCCGCACUGGCGACGGGUCCCUGUACAAACAGCCCGCGCCCCACCCCAGAGCCAGCCGCAUCUCCGCACAGAUGACGGGUCCCUGUACAAACAGCCCGCGCCCCACCCCAGAGCCAGCCGCAUCUCCGCACAGACGACAGAUCCCUGUACAAACAGCCCGCGCCCCACCCCAGAGCCAGCCGCAUCUCCGCACCGGCGACGAGUCCCUGUACAAACAGCCCGCGCCCCACCCCAGAGCCAGCCGCAUCUCCGCACAGACGACAGGUCCCUGUACAAACAGCCCGUGCCCCACCCCAGAGCCAGCCGCAUCUCCGUACAGACGACAGGUCCCUGUACAAACAGCCCGCGCCCCACCCCAGAGCCAGCCGCAUCUCCGCACAGACGACGGGUCCCUGUACAAACAGCCCGCGCCCCACCCCAGAGCCAGCCGCAUCUCCGCACAGACGACGGGUCCCUGUACAAACAGCCCGCGCCCCACCCCAGAGCCAGCCGCAUCUCCGCACAGACGACGGGUCCCUGUACAAACAGCCCGCGCCCCACCCCAGAGCCAGCUGCAUCUCCGCACAGACGACGACGGGUCCCUGUACAAACAGCCCGCGCCCCACCCCAGAGCCAGCCGCAUCUCCGCACCGGCGACAGAUCCCUGUACAAACAGCACGCGCCCCACCCCAGAGCCAGCCGCAUCUCCGCACCGGCGACGGAUCCCUGUACAAACAGCCCGCGCCCCACCCCAGAGCCAGCUGCAUCUCCGCACAGACGACGAGUCCCUGUACAAACAGCCUGCGCCCCACCCCAGAGCCAGCCGCAUGUCCGCACCGGCGACGGAUCCCUGUACAAACAGCCUGCGCCCCACCCCAGAGCCAGCCGCAUCUCCGCACCGGCGACAGAUCCCUGUACAAACAGCCUGCGCCCCACCCCAGAGCCAGCCGCAUCUCCGCACCGGCGACGGAUCCCUGUACAAACAGCAUGCGCCCCACCCCAGAGCCAGCCGCAUCUCCGCACAGACGACGGGUCCCUGUACAAACAGCCCGCACCCCACCCCAGAGCCAGCCGCAUCUCCGCACCGGCGACAGAUCCCUGUACAAACAGCCUGCGCCCCACCCCAGAGCCAGCCGCAUCUCCGCACAGACAACAGAUCCCUGUACAAACAGCCUGCGCCCCACCCCAGAGCCAGCCGCAUCUCCGCACAGACGACAGAUCCCUGUACAAACAGCCUGCGCCCCACCCCAGAGCCAGCCGCAUCUCCGCACAGACGACGAGUCCCUGUACAAACAGACCCCCCCCACUCCAGAGCCAGCCGCAUCUCCCAAACCCAGCACUGA